GGGAGCCUGCUGGUCCGACGGUGUGCGCAUGCAGUCGCCAUAAAGAGGGUGGCUGCUGCUUCGUCAGGACCUCAUCGCCGGAGGUGAGGGUAAGAUGAGCAUCACCAGUGACGAGGUGAACUUUCUGGUGUAUCGUUACCUCCAGGAGUCAGGUUUCUCCCACUCGGCCUUCACGUUCGGGAUCGAGAGCCACAUCAGCCAGUCCAACAUCAACGGGACGCUGGUGCCGCCCGCCGCGCUCAUCUCUAUCCUGCAGAAGGGGCUGCAGUAUGUGGAGGCUGAGAUCAGCAUCAACGAGGACGGCACGGUGUUCGACGGCCGCCCCAUAGAGUCCCUGUCACUGAUCGAUGCUGUGAUGCCCGACGUGGUGCAGACGCGGCAGCAGGCCUUCCGGGAGAAGCUGGCCCAGCAGCAGGCCGCGGCGGCCGCAGCAGUAGCAGCCACAGCGGCCGCGGCCACCCCAGCAGCUGUUUCCCAGCAGAACCCACCAAAGAACGGAGAGGCCACCGUGAACGGGGAGGAGAACGGAGCCCACGCCAUGAAUAAUCACUCGAAGCCGAUGGAGAUCGACGGGGACGUUGAGAUCCCGGCCAGCAAGGCCACGGUCCUGCGCGGGCACGAGUCCGAGGUCUUCAUUUGUGCCUGGAACCCCAUCAGCGACCUGCUUGCUUCGGGGUCCGGGGACUCGACGGCCAGGAUCUGGAACCUCAACGAGAACAGCAGCGGGGACUCGAGCCAGCUGGUGCUGCGGCACUGCAUCCGGGAGGGCGGCCACGACGUGCCCAGCAACAAGGACGUCACCUCGCUGGACUGGAACAGCGACGGGACGCUGCUGGCCACGGGCUCCUACGACGGCUUCGCGAGGAUAUGGACGGAGGACGGCAACCUGGCCAGCACCUUAGGCCAGCAUAAAGGGCCCAUCUUUGCCUUGAAGUGGAAUAAGAAGGGGAAUUACAUUCUGAGCGCCGGUGUAGACAAAACGACCAUCAUCUGGGACGCCCACACCGGGGAGGCCAAGCAGCAGUUUCCUUUCCAUUCCGCGCCCGCGCUCGACGUGGACUGGCAGAACAACACUACCUUCGCCUCCUGCAGCACGGACAUGUGCAUCCACGUGUGCAGGCUGGGCUGCGACCGCCCCGUCAAGACCUUCCAGGGACACACGAACGAGGUGAACGCCAUCAAAUGGGACCCCUCCGGGAUGCUGCUGGCAUCCUGCUCGGAUGACAUGACCUUAAAGAUCUGGAGUAUGAAGCAGGACACGUGUGUGCACGACCUGCAGGCCCACAGCAAGGAGAUCUACACCAUCAAGUGGGGCCCCAGCGGGCCAGCCACCAGCAACCCCAACUCCAGCAUCAUGCUCGCCAGCGCCUCCUUCGACUCAACGGUGCGGCUAUGGGACGUGGAACGGGGCGUGUGCACCCACACGCUCACCAAGCACCAGGAGCCCGUGUACAGUGUGGCCUUCAGCCCCGACGGGAAGUACCUGGCCAGCGGCUCCUUCGACAAGUGUGUGCACAUCUGGAACACGCAGAGCGGGAGUCUCGUCCACAGCUACCGAGGCACCGGGGGCAUCUUCGAGGUGUGCUGGAACGCCCGAGGGGACAAAGUGGGGGCCAGUGCAUCCGACGGCUCUGUGUGCGUGUUAGACCUGCGGAAGUAAGGCGGCCAGAGGACCAAGAGCCGGACGGGACCAGCAGCCCACGUGUGCGGCCCCACGCCACCGUCCGCUCCCCCCCGCACCCCCCCGACGCCCCACGUGAUCGGAGCGGACUCGAUCUGCCCCCGGCCGCGGGAGUCUUACCUUUUCUUGUAACCGUCGUCCAGGGGUUUAGAACGGAAGCAUCCAGUCCCAUCCGAGGGGGGAGGGCGCUUCCCACCCGGGACCUCCACCGGCACGAAGCCCCAUGGCUGGACGGCGCGGGUCGCUCUGCGGACAGGCUCUGACGAGGGGCAGGAGAGCAGGAAGCAAACAGACGCUGUGCCAAAACCAAGGAGACAAAUGCUGUGAUAAACCAAAGGGGGCUCCCCCUCCGCCACGGGCUCCUCUCCCCCCUCAACUUGGACACCACGGCGGGUCCCGCCCAGGGUGUCCAGAGACGCGCGUGCGCCGCAGCAGGGGGCGGCGGUGUGACCCCACGCCUGUUGUCCAGCAUCCUCUCCGCCGCCGGGGGCUUUCUGUCGGCUGCAGUCCUGGGGUCUGAGGUCUUCCGUCUGGGAUGGAAACUGGUUUCGAGGUGUUGCUUCUUCCCCUGCCCCGAGCGCCUCCCCCUCCGUCGGGCUUGGGCCCGGGGGCGGCAGCCUGGGGGCCCGACUUGCGUCUCGGCGGGACGCCUC